AGAAAACGGCAAAAGGCCAUUCCGCCAUUGUUCAGUCAGCGUGCAACCAAAGCUCUCGCGUCAAGAAUACAAAUCAGAAUCUAGUUAAAAGAUUGUGCCUUAACAAUAUUCCAUCAUAUUGUAAUUUUUGUGUCUUUAUGGUGUGAUUUAGUAUAGCCACCAUGCAGCAGCAAUUGGUAUUGCCUUUGGCUCUGCUAUUUAUAGCGCUCGGAGCUUCCUCAAACGCACAAAGCGAGCCGGCGGCGACGGCGGCGGCGGGCGUGGCGUCGGACGCGGCGCCGCUGCUCACCUACUACGACGUGGGCCGCAUGUUCGUCUUCAACUGCACGCUGCCGCGCGCGCCCGACGCCGGCGACUACGUCUGGAGGAAGAACGGCACAGCGGUGGAGGAGCUGGCGGACCUGAGCGGGCGCUACAAGCUGGAGGACAACAAGGCCGUGUUCCGCAUGACGGUGCGCACCACCGAGGACGACUUCGGCAACUACUCGUGCGCCGUCGGCGGCGCCGCGCCCGCGCAGGCCUGGGAGCUGCGCGGCCGCCCGCACGCCAAGCUGCCCGCCAACACCAACGUCGUCGAGGGCCAGAAGCUCAAGCUCGUCUGCAAGGUGGUGGGCAAGCCGUACCCCGACGUGAAGUGGAUGGUGGCGAACGCGACGGACGGCAACCUGACGGACGCGGCGGCGGCGCUGGGCGAGCGCGCGCAGCUGGGCAGCUCGGAGCAGGGCGUGGCGGGCGCGGAGCUGGUGCUGGAGGCGGCGGCGCGGGCCGACGCCGGCGUGUACACGUGCGCGCCGGCGGGCGGCGUGGCGGCGCCCACCACGGUGCGCGUCAAGGACAUGUACGCGGCGCUGUGGCCCUUCCUGGGCAUCUGCGCCGAGGUGUUCGUGCUGUGCGCCAUCAUCCUGGUGUACGAGAAGCGGCGCACCAAGCCCGAGCUGGACGACUCGGACACCGACAACCACGAGCAGAAGAAGUCGUAAGCGCAGCGAGCCCCGCCAGCCGCACUUGACUUUGUGAUCGUUGUUCUGUUCCGUUCGCAAUACACACACAUAUAUAUAUCUCUCUCUCCGCCGCUGACGACGCUCGGCCGGCUGCGGCGCCCGCGCUCCCGGUCGACGCAGAACGAACCGCUAAAUAACUAUAUUACCUUAAUUCGUGAGAAAAGUACAACAAACAAGCGCUGCAAAGCGUUUACGCUAUCAUUAAAUCAAAAUGACUUAAUAAAAUCAAUAUUACUUAUUCUAAGUACCCUACUUUUGUAAUAUAAUAUUAUGCGCUGACUUCUGUGUACUUAUUUUUAUAUUAUUUUGUAGAUAUUGUUAACAAUUGGGUAGUUUAUGCUCCUUACUGCUGUUUUAAAGCCGAGUGGCGGUAUCACCUGACGUAACUGCGGACUAGCUCAGGCGCCGCACACAGCUCGCUCGUCGUCUAGUCGUCGCUGCGCGUUCCACACGUUCAAUCAGCCGCUCGGAGUGUUCAAUGUUAUCAGUUUAUUAUUAUGUAUUUGAAAAACCAAAUCAGUAGAUUAAUAAAUUAUUAAUAUGUUGA